AUGGCUACGGGGCUUGCACUAGGGCGGCCUUCAGUCUAUCGAGCCCUGUGUGUAGCCUCGUUGAACGUUCUUUCCGGUUAUCGGGUGCUUAAACGCUAUCACCUUUCCAUCAAGGGACAUCCUCCUCAAUUAGAUCCAGAUUACGGAUGCACCGCGGCUGUCAGGAUCACAACAUACCCAGGAUCGAUUGAGCGGGAUGACGGUGGUUCUGGUGCCUUCAAGGAUCUCCGUUACUCCAGUGCGGGCUGCGUCGCCAUUGCAUGCAUCGCAGACAAAAAUCAGCAAGGACUGGGUGAUAGAGGCCCGCACACCCAGUCAUCCUCCUCAUUCAAGGCAGAUGGUCGCGAUCAAGUCAGAAGUCAACGGAAUUCGCGAAGUGCGCUGCAAGUCAAGGUCAAACACACCGAGAGUCACUUGACACAGUAUGCCUUGAGGUCGCUGUGGGUCCUUCACGAGGGCCAGCUAUAUGUUGCUGCGUCUCUUCAUACUACGUUCAUGCCAGACUAG